AUGGAAACAACUGUCAUACCAGACAAAUUUAAACUAACAGAAGAACAGUUAAUUCAAAUUGGCAUUGAAGAAAAUAUCUCAAUCCUAGAUGUUCACCAUAUUGGAGCAUCACAAGGCAAUCUUCAUUUAAAUGAAAACCAAAUCCGAUCUUUAAUGACUCAUAUAAAUUUGGUUAACUGGAUGUCGUUAACUUCCACGUUACCAAUAGAACAACAACAAUCAUGGCUUAUUCUUCAACUCGAUCAAUUAAUCGAAUUAUGUAAUCAACAAAUGAUUGAUAUCGAUAAACUUCUUGAUAAUAUACCUACUUUACAAAAUUCAUCAUUAUUUGAUAGUUCUAAUAUUAAGUUUACUCUCACAUCUUCACAAAUCGCACAUUUGAUCAAUCAAAAUAAUUUUGAUAUUCGAAAAUUAAUAGAUAUCGAACAAAAUUUAAAACAACAAGACGUACAAGCUCAACAAUUUCGUUUAAAUUCAUCACAAUUGGCUUAUCUCUGUGCUCAUCAUCGUACUAUUAAUAAUCAAGGAAUUAUUGGACUUUCUGUUGCUCAGCUAAUAGGCAUCUAUAUGUUACAACAAAAAUUAAAUGAAAAUGAUCCUUCAUUAUUAUUUUCAUUGGAUUAUCAACAAAUCAAACAUCUAGCUUUAAUUCAAAACAUGAGUUUAGAACAUUUUCAUUCGUUACCUAGUUCCAACAAACCAUUCCAACUAACACACAAUCAAUUGAUUCAUCUUGCUAUGGAAAAUAAAAUACCAAUAAAACAACUAAUAUCAAUUCAUAAUGAUCAAAAAUCAAAAAUAUUCGAUCAGAAACAACUCUGUGCUUUGAUCAAUCAAAAUAGUCAACCAAAUAUGAUACAAAAGUCUGCUGAUCUUACUCAAUCGAUUGAUAAAUCAUUUCAUAUACAACAACAUGUUCAUUUGACUGUCGAACAAAUUUUUUCUCUUAUAAAAUCUUCUAAUAUUAAACUCAAUCAAUUGACAACUUGUACAACAGAACAUAUCGAUAUGAUAGAAUUUCGUUUUAAACCAGAACAACUAGCUACACUAUGGGAUAUGAAUAUUUCGAUUGAUGAUUUAGAAUACACUACAUCUUCACCAAGAUCAUUAUCUCAAUUUAUUCUCAGUGAUGAACAAUUUAGUAGUUUACUUUAUUCAGUUUCUACUUCUAUUCUGUCCACACAUUAUAAAUCAUCAAUCAUGAUGAAGCCAUUGAUUCAAUCCAAUAAAUCUAUUAACAUUAUAGAAAAAUCAACUGAUAUGCAAAAUCGAUUACAUUCUUCUCUUGCCGAUCAAUUGACAGCUAUGCAUGAACGACUUAAAUCAAGUAUACAAACUCAUAUUGAAACAGUCGAAAUAGUAUCCAAUUCAAUAUUAAAACGUAAUCGCAUUGAAAAUACUCUCAAUCUUGUUCAUCAAUUGAGUCUACAUUCUAUUGAUGAUAUAUCUACUAAAGAAGUAGAAACUAUUCCAUCAUUUAUACUCGAUUUACUCAAAAUAAACACAAUAACAGAAAAUGUUUACAAAUCAAUUAAGCAAGAUGAAAUAACAUCAGAUAUACUAGAUAAACCUGUUAAACUUGCUACAAAAUCAAAAGAAAUGAUUGAUCUUAUUGCAAAUGGUAAUUUAAACAAGACAAUAAUCGAAAGUAUUCAAACUUAUGAACUUAGUUUUUCUCAAAUUUAUAAAAUUCAAACACAACUACUUACUCCAAAACUUAUUGAAGAAUUCAAAUCAGAAAAUCUCUCGAAACGUAUUCUCGAUGCAUAUAAAAGUCAAUCACCAUUGCAAAUUAUUAAUAAAGUUCGUUCAUCAGUAACACAAUUGAAUAAAUUACUUCUUCAACAGUCAUCAAGUAUUUCUCAGUCAGAUCCUACUAUAGUACCAAUCGUCCAACAGACAACAACACAAAAUAUUAUCACAACUGAUAAUGUAUUCGAGAGUGAUGAUCUUAAUACAGAAAAACAAAUUUCAUCUAACGAAAAUAUAAUUGACAAAUCAUAUCGAGUAACUAAACAAAAUCCAAUUAUUAUUUAUCCUAAAUCACCCACCAUUCGACAACAAAUUCUACACGAACUUCGUGAUCGUCUUGAUGGUCAACUACUUGAACUUAAAAAAGAAUAUGGUAUUGAACCUAUCAAAGGUAAGCCAUCGAUUCGACAGAUCACUACUAAACUUCGAACAGUGGAAAUUAUUAAAGAACUUGAAACAUUAAUUGGUCGACAAAUAGAUGAAGUCGAUAUUUUAAAUAUUCUUGAAGGUCACAUAAGUGCUUUACUCGAUGAAGUACAAGUAGAUACUAACCAAACAAAUGUAUUGUUUAAUCGUAAUAGUCAACAACGAUUAAAUAGAAUCAAUGAACGAAUUCAAUUAGUUAAUAUUCUUCAACAUGAUAUCGAAAACAAAAGAUUAAAACGUCAAAUGAAUCUCGAAGAAUUAACUGCACUUGUUCUUGAAGAUAUUCAAAAAUUUGAACAACUUACGAAUAUUCAUCUUACAACAGAUGAUUUACGUAUUAUAUCAAUGAAUCGUUUUUCAUCACUUGAACAAUCUAUAACUCGUCAAUUAUCAGAAUCUGAAUAUCGGUAUUUACUUGAAAAUCAUUUACCAUUUGAUUAUAUCGAACAAAAAGUUCUUAAACGACCAUUAACAAUAGAAGAACGUAUUGAACAAGAAGAAUUGACUUUACAACCAUAUCAAGAAUUAUUUACCGAUAAAACUUCUAUUUUAUCUAAAAAAUUUAUAGACAAUUUAAAACAACAACAAAAUAUUAAACUUACUCAUACACAAUUAGAACAAAUUUUACAAUAUCGAGCACAACUGGUUGAUCAAUAUGAUAUUAUUCAUUCAAUUUCUCCAUUGAUUAAAAUUAUUGAAGAACAACUUAAUCGUUCAUUAGCUGUUGAUGAAAAGAAACGUUUAAUAGAUGAUGAUUAUUCUAUGAUUGAACAAAUUAAAAAUCUAAAAUACAAUAAUAUCAAUAGAAAAAUUCUUCCUAUUACAGCAUCACUUCUUCAAUUAGUUGAAAAUACACAAGAUAAAAAUUUAUUAGAAAAUAUAAAAUAUCUUGAAAAUGAUAUUGGACGAUCAUUAACAAAACAAGAAAUAAUUAUGGUUGCAAAUGGUGAUAUUAUUGGUCUUGAAAAAUCAUUUAAUAAAUCAUUAACAACAGAAACAAUUAAAUCAAUGUAUAAUAAUCGAUUUAUUGAUCUUAAAAAUGAAUUAAAUCGUAAUUUAACUGAUAAAGAAAUACGUGAUAUUCUCAAUGGUAAAUUAAGUGGUAUCGAAAAAGUACUUGGUCGACAAUUGACAUCUACUGAACGUUUGACAUACAAACCAGUCAAUAUAAUCGAUUUGACUGCAUCUCAACUUACACAUACUCCUUCUAUUGAUACAACAGUUCAAGAAUUAGAAGAUGUUUUAGAGCGUCGUUUAACAUUAGAUGAAAUUCAAUAUCUAGCAGAUCAACAAAACAAUGUAGUAAAAGAAGAUUUUAACAAAAAACUAUCAUCUAAUCAAUUAGAUAUAAAGGAAGUAUCACAAAUACAAUUAACAGAUUUUGAAAAAGAUAAUUCUCAUGAAGAUUUAUUCAUUUUUGAUCGAAUAUUGAAACAACCAAUUCAUUUCACUUUAUCCGAAAUUGAAAAAGCUAUAGGAAAAAGUUUAAAUAGUGAUGAACUUAAACGAUUUGCUGGUUCACGUUUCAUUCAAAUCGAAUAUGAUUUAGGCAAAUCAUUAAGCGAUUUACAACGAUCGAAUUUACUUAAUGGAGAUAAAUUAACUAUUGAAAGUUUAAUUGAUCGACAAUUAUCUCCGGAAGAAACAGGGCCUCAUAUUGUUGAUAUAACAAAUAUUGAACGAAUUCUUAAUCGAUCAUUAACAUUAGAUGAAUUAACUAAUUUAGCAGGUGAUCGUUUUGAUGAAAUUCGUAUAAUAUUUCAACGACCAUUUAAACAUGAAGAAUUAAUUGAUUUAUUAAAUGGAAAUUAUACGAAAAUUAUCAAACUAAUUAAUGAAAAAUUAAAUAUACAAAAAGAAGAUGAAUUACAAGAAUUACCUGUUAAUCGUAUAAGAUAUUUUGAAAAUAUUCUUCAUCGUAAAUUAUCUCCACAUGAAUUACUUCGUUUUGCUGAAAAUCGUUUUGAACCAUUAUCACGUUUACUUAGUGAUGUUAUGAAAUCUGAACAAAUUUUAGAUUUAGCAUCAGGUCAUUAUGAUAAAAUUGAAAUAUUUUUUAAUCGUUCAUUAACAUCGAAAGAAAAAUAUGAUUUAAAAAAAAGUAUCUUACAAGCUAAUAUAAAAUAUUCAAAUUCUUAUGAUGAACUUGAAUAUAUUAUACAAAGAAGAUUAAAUGAACAAGAAUUACGAACACUUAUUGGUAAUCAAUAUCAUGAAAUUGAAAUACGUUUAGGUAAAUUAUUAACAGAAAAACAAAUACGAAAUAUUUUACAUGGAGAAUAUGAUUAUUCAUUAAUUGAAGUUGAAGAUCUUAUUAAUUAUUUAAAACGAAAAUAUCAAGAUAAUCAGAAACGAACACAAAAUAUUUUUAAUCAACUUAUUAAAAAAAUAGAUCAAGAUUAUAUUGAAUCUCCAAAAGAAUCUAUUAUAAUAAAACCUUUAAGACAAUUUAAUGUUACUUCAUCUAUUCAACAGAAACAAUCUGAUCUUGAAUUUCAUCAAAGUACUAGUGAAUUAUUAGAACAACUAUCGAAUGAUGUAGAAAAACAUAAAAUAAUUAAACGACAAGAUAGUUUAGUAGAUUCACAUUCAUCAGAAAUAUUCGAUAAUAAAAGUAUAUCAAGUUAUGAUGAAUUAAAACAUUAUCAACAACAAUUAUUAUCCGAUAAAGAAAUCACUCCAAAAUCUUUUUUCUCAUCUCAUGAACUAAUUUCAUCUGUUGUUGUUGUUGAUGAUGAAAUUCAACCAAACAAAGCAUUUGAAAAUAUAACACGUAUUGUUGAAUCAAUUGCUGAUAAAGAACAUAUUGAAGAAAUGACAACUGUGACUAAUGCUAUUGAUAAAUUUCAAAUGAAAUUUUCUCGAAAUGUUGAUAAGCCUAGCUAUCAUCAAACAACAGCAACAUGGUUAUCAAAUCUUUAUAAAGAUACAACAUUUUCUUAUCCACCAACAAUUGAACCUAUUGAUAAUAAAUUAAUUAAUCGUGAACUUUCUUCACCACAAAUUCAUACUGAUGAUGAUUUAUAUUUGGGUUGGACAUUAUUUAAAAGUAUUGACCGUCCAGAUUUAGGUUUAAAAGAAGAAAAACCACGUAUGAUUAAUGUUAAACAUAUAGCACAGACUUAUGUGGUUGGUAUACCUGAAGAAUAUGCUGACACUAAAACAAAAGGUAAGAAAAUUAUGAACUUUAAAAACAGUCAUAUAUGUAUAUGCUAUAUAUUACCAAAAGCUAUUGCAAAUAAAAUCUAUCAAGAAAAAUCUAUACUUCCUCGUUCACCCAAAUCUCGAAUAAUAAAAGAAAUGACUGAAUUUGUUUCACAAUUAUUUCAUAUGCCAAUGAUUAAUGAUGCUACCCAUUUUAUUGUUCCAUCACGAACUUAUAAUGAUAUUAUCGAAUCUACAAAUAUAUAUGAAUCAGAAAUUAUUCAUAUUGAAGAUGAUGAAUUACAAAUGCGUGAUUCACCAGAAACACUUGAAUGGUAUGAAGAAUGUAUUCAACGAAAUAUUCAAAUACAUGCUCAAAUUCCUACUGAAUAUCAGCCAUCGAUUGUUUAUUGUCAUACAGGUCGUCAGUCAGUAAUAACACCAGCUAAACGUGUUGAACAACGAAAAAUAUCAAUAGAAGAUGCUAUGGUAAAAUCCAAAGUAGUAUUAGAUCAACCAGAAUCAAAAGUACCCAAAGGUAUAUCUACAUUCAAUAGUGGUUUUAUUGAACGUCGUAAUCAAUCAUUACUUGAUUUUCAAUCUAUAGAAUCUACAUCAACAUCUCAAACGGUAACUGAUUUAAUUAUACAUACAAUAACAACUUCUCAAAAGACAAAUUUAUUAGAAGCUUUAGAAGAAUUAUUUUCUCAAGAAAAUCUUGAUACAUAUCAAAUAACUGAAAGUCAUUGGCAUGAUAUAUUUCUUAUAUUACUUAAUUCAUAUCUUCGUUCACAAUCAAUAAAUCGUCAAGAAAUUUUUCAACGAUUAACAGAUAAACUUCAUGAUUUACGGAAUAAAGAACGUCGACGUUCAUCAGAAUUUUAUCCAAAUAUUUCAAUAGCAUCAUCAACAAUUGAUGAAAUAAUAAAUACGUCGAAUGAAUCUGAUAUAAUAGAAACUAAACGAAAAAGUUUUCAUUUUGGAUUACGAUCAUCAUUUGAUAGUAUGAAUAGUAUUCAAAGUCAAAAUGAUUUAGAAUAUAAUAGUAUACCAGUCAUAAUAGAUCAACAAAGUAUUAUUAAUCAAGAAAAAAUACUUUCAUCAACAAAUAAUAAUUCUUUAAUACAAUCAUUUUCACAAAAUCAUUCUUCUAUAGCAAAAUCUAAAAUAGUCUCUCAUGAUCUUGUUCCUAAGAAAAGUUCUCAGUUUCAAUCAAACAUAGAUAAAAUUAAUGUAAAUUCAAUCGAACAUAUCAACAAACAUUCAUCUGUUAUAAGACAAAAUUUAUCAAUUAAUUCAAAUGCUAUUAAUGAACAUCAAUGUUCUUCAACUCCUAUGAAACAUCGUCGAUAUAAGAUUACUGUUAUGCAUAGUGAUGAACCAUUAGAUAUACUUUCAAAUCACGUCAAGACAUCAACGGAAUCUACUAAACUUCCUCCAAUUGUACCUAAAAAAGGAUUAUUUUCAACAAAACAAUCUAUAUCAACAGCAUUAUUCGAUAAUCAACUACUACCGUCUUCAUCGACUACAACUACAACUAAACAGAUUCGAAAGAAAAUAUUUUCUAACUUUCGAAAUAAAUAA